AUUUUAAAUUCCUUUAUUAACCCAUCAGGGCUACGUCUGUACGUCGUACGGACUCUCCUUUCGUUCACACUGGCCAAAACACACUGGUCGCUAGUAAAACAUUAGUGAGAAAUGAGAAUGAAAGUAAUCCAUCUGAUGAUUCAACACAGAUUCAUCCUUGAGGUUCACGCCAUGGUCACCAGAGUAUUGUAUUGCAACAGUUAAUUGUCCACUAUAUUAAUAAGCCACAAUACGUAACGAGACUAUGUUUAACUUUUAUAUACAUUAUACAUGUAAAUUUUACUAUUAUAAUCACAAUAGCAGUGUCUCAUUACAGUGUAAACAAAGAUUUUAGAAAAUAAGGAUGUUUUAUGUAAUAUGUUCAUAAAAACAUCCUAGAAGAAAUAGACUGAUGUUGAGAGUGGGAUAGCCAAUAUAUACUUGAAGCUUUUCUCCUUAAGUGACAGUAAUGAUCGGUUAACUGAGCAUGUAAGAAGAAGAACGAUAAGGGACUUCCUUUUUGUCUUGUCUUAUUAGAUCCAAGUAAUAUUACACAGAACUAUUACACUCAGCUAAGGUUGUCAAUGAUAACUUACCGACCGUUCGGUACCGAAGACGUCUGAACGAUGGUUUCUAGCAAUUUCGAUUUACGAUUAUAUAGCAUGCAAUGUACUGAAAAUUUCAAAGUCAUUCGUUACGCAAGUAAUCAAAUGAAUUUUUAAUACUUUUCAUAAUACUUUAUAAGUAGUUUUGAAUAUAUUUCCGAGGGCAUAAUUUUGAACAACUUCUCCCUGUAUACGCAACUGUCGUUCGACCAUAGUUUUCGAGAUAAUCGCAAAAAAGCUGUCGAUAACACUACAGUAAAUUAUUCUGCUUAUAGUUGCGCGCUCGUAACAGCGUAUGAGUUCGUAUUGGCUGCUAACAGCUUUUAUUGCUAAACGAGACCUAACCCUUAUCUUUUGUUUUUUUGGGUAAAACUCCGUUGCAACAGUAUAUGCGAAACUGUAAGAAAUGUUUGUUAUAGUUCAAUUAUUAAAAUUGAAUAUCGUUUAGGUUAGCCCUUUGAAUCCGGCCGGCGAUGCUCGAAUGAUAAGAAGUUAAUUAUAUGAAUAGUACGGUGAACGAAUAAUUGAUAUUAUUUUACGAAAAGAAUAAUUGUCCUUAUUUUACAAAAGUAUUGCUAGCCGUCGUGCGGCGGCUAGAUUGAAGAAAACUAGGCCAAUACACGUUGCGCAUGGGACCUUUAAACUCGUCCAACCGUCGAAACACAACUAUAGAUAGAAUUCUGUAAUGAGAAAGAAGGCUGUAAUGGUACAGGCAGCUUUUCGUGAAUAUCGCGGAAACUAAGCGAGUUCAGCCUUUACAUGUAUAGAAAAAUGUUGUUCAAAACGUUGAAUUUCGCUAUAUAAAGGCAAAAACCAUUGAAAUAGAAGGUAGAUUGGCAGCAGAGGUGAAAGUUGCACCUUUUCUUUAAUUUUUUAACGACCAGCGAGUAGAAAAAGAUAUUCCAAGAUGAUAGACAAAUUGAAUCACGUGCCGCUAACUGUACCUAAUUACUCGUAUGCCUUCAAUUUUGAGAAAAACUUUGUUUACUCGGAUGCCCUUACGACAAUUACGAACCAUUAUCCGUACUGCUUCUACUAUUCUGCCAUUUAUGUCAUCCUAAUCUUUGCUGGAAAGCAUUACAUGUCAAAUAGGCCGAAAUUCGAACUGAGAGGUGCCCUUGCCUUGUGGAAUAUAUCACUUGCGGUAUUUUCCAUUUUUGGAUUUCUUAGAAUGUGGUCGGAAGUGUAUCACGUAUUAAGCUAUCAUGGGUUCUACCAUAGUAUCUGUGUACCUAGCUUCCUUACGCAAGAUCCCGUUGCUGCAUUUUGGUCACUGUUGUUCAUCCUAUCAAAGAUCGUGGAGUUCGGCGACACAGUUUUUAUUGUACUACGUAAACAGCCGUUGAUGUUUCUACAUUGGUACCACCAUGUAACAGUUCUUCUUUACGCAUGGCUAUGUUUUGUAGAGACUACAGCAUACGCCAGAUGGAACUCUAUAGUAAAUUUUUUCGUUCACUCCUGGAUGUAUUCUUAUUAUGCUUUGAAAGCAACGCGCUUUAAUCCACCAAAAUGGAUCGCCAUGCUGAUCACUACGUUACAGACAGUACAAAUGAUUUGGGGUUGCUUUGUAACUAUUACGGCUUACAACUAUGUAAAAAGCGGUCAAGUCGAAUGCCACAUUAAGCCCCAUAACGCGAAAAUUGGUCUGUUGAUAUACUUGAGCUAUUUCAUUCUCUUCGCUAGAUUCUUCAAACAGGCUUACCUGUCUAGCAAACGUGGAAUGAAAGUCAAAAAGAAGAAUAAUAUUAAUGACAAGCUCAUCAAAGCUAAUUGAAGCACAUGCAAAUUUCUGAAAACUUUUUCUAGGGAUGCAUCCAAGUGACGUCUCUUGUAAAUAUUUUAUCAGAAUUAUUUUACAAGUACAUAUAUUUAUAUUUGUGCAUAUACAUUUCAAGAAAUGUAAUAGAUUUUUCAAGUCUUUGUUAACAAGCGUAAAAUCACGAGUAAAAUAAUAUAACAUCAAUUGUUGUACAUUGAAUUUAGCAAUAAAUUUCAUGGCAACUCGCUUAGUACGAGUAGAGGAAUUAAUAAAGAUAUUUUUAAGGAGA